AUGCCUGACUCGCCGGAGCUAGUCGUGAGGGCUGUCGGGAAGCGCCUCGCGCAGCCGCGCUUAGGCAAGGACGCCCUCGUCAAGCUCCUCAAGCAAGCUGAAAGUGCAUUAUCAGAGUUUAGUCAAUCAUCCUCUCUGCAGGAUGCUCUUCAUCCUCUGAGCAAAUCUCUAGUCCAGACCACUUUACUCAACCAUAAGGAUAAGGAUGUCAAACUUCUUGUUGCUGUUUGUUUUAUCGAAGUUAUGCGUGUCCUCGCACCAGAUCCACCUUUUAGCGAUGAAAUACUUAAGGAAAUAUUUAGGCUAUUUAUCAGCAUAUUUGCAGACCUUGCUGAAACUAGCAGUCCAUAUGUUACUAGAAGGAUGAAAAUAUUGGAAAAUGUUGCUGCACUUAGAUGUUCUAUGAUCAUGCUCAACAUUGGCUGUGAGGACUUGAUUCUUGAUAUGGUCAAAAUUUUCUUCUCCACAGUGAAGCAUGGUCUUCAGCAGAGUGUGUGCCAAGCUAUGCUAUCAAUAAUGACACAAAUAUUGAAUGAGAAAGUUACUCAGCCUCUUGUGGAUGUGAUUUUACGCAAUUUAGUAAAAGAUGACAAGGGAGCAUCCCACAAGCUAGCUUUUGACAUCAUUGAAAAUUGUGCUGACAAAUUGGAGCCUAUCAUUCGCAGUUUUUUGUCCUCGUGCAUUUUUAACAAGGAUAUGCCGGUUACUGAACUUAGGAGAUCAUAUCAUAAAAUUAUUCUUGAAAUAUUCCAGUGUGCACCCCAGAUCCUUUUCACUGUCAUUCCAAACUUGACACAUGAACUUCUCAGUGACCAAGUUGAUAUAAGGCUGGAGGCAGUUCACCUGAUUGGGAGGCUUCUUGCCUUCUCUAAUCUUCAUUUUGGUCAAGAAAACAAGGUGGUUUUUAUAGAAUUCCUAAGGAGAUUCUCUGACAAAUCUGCAGAAGUUAGAAUUGCUGCAAUUGAUGCAGCCAAAGCGUGCUACAUGGAUGUAUCUGGGGAUGAAGCACAACAUAUACUUUCAUCACUUGAAGGGAGGUUACUAGAUUUUGAUGAGAAAGUGAGGAUCCGAGCUGUUCACACAGUCUGUGAUUUAGCCAAAUCAAAUCUUAGCUCUUCUGCUAAACUGAUAUUACGUGCAGCUGAGAGGCUACGUGACAAAAAGGCAUCCGUUAGAAAAAAUGUAAUGCACAAGUUGCUGGAGCUGUAUCGGGAUUACUGUGAGAAAUGCUCGAAAGGAACUGCCACAGUCAACACUCAUUAUGAACAAAUCCCAGCUAAACUUAUAGUUCUUUGUUUCGAUAAUGAUAUUGAAUCCUUCAGGCCACAGAAUAUGGAGCUUAUAUUUGCUGAAGAACUCUUUCCAUCAUCUCUUUCUCCAAAAGAGAGGGCGACCCAUUGGAUUGUGUUCUUUUCUUAUUUCAAACCAGAACAUAUUAAGGCUUUGAACACCAUCUUUUCUCAGAAGAGAAGGUUACAAGUGGAGAUGCAAGCAUAUUUAUCACUUCGAGCAAGGAAGGAGGAACCAUCAGAUGAAAUACAGAAGAAAAUCUGUGCGACAUUCAGAAAGAUGGCAACAUCCUUUCCAGAUACUUCUAAAGCUGAAGAGUGCUUUGGAAAUUUGCACCAGAUGAAAGAUAAUAACAUAUUUAAGGAUUUGGAUGAACUAAUCAAUGAGGGAACCACUUUUGCAAAAGGCCGCUUGACCAGAGAGACAUUUCUCAAGAGAAUUGGACAGAAACACCCAAUUUACAAUUUUUCCAGAGCGCUGUCUAUAAAAUGUUUGCAUUCAAUAUUUAAUCAGGAGAUGAUCUGUGCCAUCUUCGAGUCUCUUUUGUCCUGCAGAGAUGAAUUAACCGAUUACGUGCAGUCUGCUUGUGAUCUAUUACUGGUAAUUGCAAUGGUGUUUCCAUCAUUAUUCCGAGGCUCAGAUGAGUACUUGCUUAAGUUGUUCUCAGAAGAAUCAGUCCUGAUAAAUGUGAAGACUCUCCAGAUGUUGGCACAUUUGGCAAAAUCUACACACUGUUUAUCUACUACUUUUAGCAAUGUUGUCUACCCAUUAUUGGAGCAAAAGUGCAUUGAAGGUACUCGUGCUGAAUCAAAAUAUGCUAUCACUGCAAUUGCUUCACUGCACUCCUCAGAUAAUAAGAAAUUUGCUAGAUUAUUUGAGAAAGUUAUUACUGGGCUAAAUGAUGAUCGCAAUGUUCCAACACUAUUACAGUCCUUGGGCUCAAUAUUGGAGAAUUCCCCUUCUGUCUAUGAGUUGUACGAGAGGGAGAUCAUCACUUUGUUUCAAGAUAUUUUGUCGCCAGCUGAAUUCAUUUCAACAUCUGGACAGUCAUCCCUUGAUGACCUUUCUGCAUGCUGUGCCUCUUGCAAGCGGAAGAUUUAUUGUCUCAAAGCACUUGUCAGAAGUUGUUUACCCAGAAGCACUGCACGUGCUCGAAUUAACAAUAUUCUGGGGAAGCUGUUGAAAUAUGAGAAGGGUCUCUUCGAUGACAUUGCUCUAUGUGAAAAUGAUCAUUCAUAUCUGAAACUGGCCGCUGGAAAAUCUGUGCUGCAAUUAGCUACACGAUGGGAUUCACAUAUUUCACCAGAAUUAUUUCGUAACACACUUCUCAUAGCAAGGGAUCCUUCAUAUAAUGUUCGCAAGUCAUUUAUUUGCAAACUUUAUGGCCUCUUGAAGAAACGUGCAAUCCCAUUUAGAUAUGCAUGUGCUUUUGCACUAACAUCAACAGAUUGCUCCAGAGAUAUCCGUACUGAAUCGGCAAGUUACUUAAGUGAGGUGCUGAAGGAGCAAAGAAGGUUUUUUGUUCAUCAGAACAGAGCAAACAAAGAGUCCAUCGUGGACAACCCAGCAUAUGCUGUGGUUUUUUUGAUCCAUACUCUAGCAUAUGAUGGGACGCUCCCUUCCAAUUACUAUGUAGACGAGAGUAACUUUCCUGAACUUUGCAGCCCACUUUGUGUGAUGUUGAGAGAACUAGUUGAAAUAGAUAGCUCUAGCAGAACUGAGCAUGGUCCCACUGCCAGUUUUGUAUCAGUUCUGUCAGGGAUUCUCCGUGGUAUUCAGAAGGCCGAGGAUCCGACUGAUUCUGAUAUAACUCCUACACUGCAUGUUCUCUCAAAAAUUGGCUUGCUUAUUGUAAAAGAACUUGAUAAGCAUUGCAAGAUGUCUGAUUCUCCACGCCAUAUUCUCUUGCCCUCAUCUUACUAUAGAUUGUCUGGGAGUGAGAGAAAAUCAGAUGAAUGUUGCCAAGAAAAUUUUAUUAGUGAUAAGCUUGUAAAGAGAAUUCUUAAAGCUCAUGAACCUUAUAACCAUAAUGACAAUACUAAAUGCUCUGUUGUUUCUGAGAGGGUAUCAAAUGAAUCUGCUCCUGAAAGGAAAGCUUGCUCCUCAUUAAACAAAUCAGUGGGACAGAAUGUAGGUGGUUGUGAUAAAGGCAAAAGGAACAAACGUUUGGCAUCUGGGAAAGCUGUGUCCAAGAAAAAGGAUCAGGAUACUAAUAAUAGCUUGGAUAAAGAAAAUGUGUCAUCUUGUGGUUCCGCUGGCACAAAGGUGUCAUAUCCAGGCUCCUUGAGUUUAGCUAAGGAAGCUGAUUCUGGAAAUUGUGUCUCCCUCUUGGAUAACCGGAACUGUCCUAUGAGUAGGUGCUCCACUGGGGAGACUAGAACCUCAAAGGCAAAUCACAACAACUGUAGGCAAACUGUGGACGUCUCCGAUUUUAAUCUCAGAGAAUGUUCCUUCAAGAAUGAUCAUAGCAAGGGUUUAUCUGAAGCCCAGAAGCAUGAAAAGUCGCUUCCUGGAUCUUCGAUUAUAUGUGAUAUUGAAGAUGUUGAAGAUGUUGGUGAUUGCGAUGACAACUUUGUGAAAGCACCGUUAUCAAACAACUUAACAGCCAACCUUAAGAAAAAGGGUAAGAGAGCAUUAGAGGUGGCGAAUCUGCAGAACAGCUCUGAUUUAACUGAUGUUGUCACAAAGGAUAACGUUCGACAGAUUAGAGCAAGGAAGGUGCCAGUGUAA